AGGAGACUGGUGGCCGCCAUUUCGGGGAGUCGUAGGUUUGCCAUUACGCGGCCCGUCAUCUUCCUGCCCCGAAGCCCCCCGUUGUAGCCGUAUACUCCCGGCGGUGGUCUCCCUUCCUGCCCGUCUCUCCUCUCCAUCUUGUAUACAAGCGUUGUUAGCCAGUAACGACGCCCUGUUCUCUUUGUAGAUCUCGGCGCCAUUUCCUUCUCAGCACAAACAAGGCCGAGGCCUAGUAGCUAUCAGCCCGCAAAGCAAGCGGGGCCACACCUCAGAUAAACCAAAAUGGCUGAUGACAUUGAUAUAGAAGCGAUGCUGGAAGCGCCCUACCGGAAGACUUGCCUAACGAUAUAUCACCUCUACUCCCAUGAAUUCACCUUUGAUUCCAGUGUGAACUGUCAAUCAUAAGGUAGUAAUUGAGUGACGUAUCGCUGUACCGUGGUCCCCUAGGUAAAAAGACUUGCCUAUGAACUGCCGAGCUUCGGUUUGGCUUAGCAACAAGGUGAAUAGAGUGGUUUUGGGAAAGAAAUGGGGUUCCAAGAAUAUCCACUUAUCCACCAGCCAAGAUCAGGGCAGUUCAAGCAGAUUCUUCUCUGCACAUUUCUUAAUAUAUUUUGUCAUUUUUGUAUAACUUUUUUUUUUUUUUAAUUAAGAGGACGAAGAACAGGUGGGAAGCAUCCAGCCUUUGAGUAAAGAAAUUUGACCAAGUUCUUGGAUCUCCCACUAAAUUUUUUCUUUUUAUCCCUUUUUUUAUUAUUAAAUGACCUGAUGGGUACUAUGCUGUUUUGUACGUUUAAGUUCAGCAACUUUUAGUAUUGUAACCCAGGUUUCAUGUACUGUAUUUGGUGCAUUGUAUUACUGCGUUGCCUUAAUGAAAAUUGCCAAUGCAAAAUCUACCUUUUCUCACCAUGUUUGGGGAGUUAACCUGUAAAUUGCACGCCAAAGCACAGAAAAGCUCUGAGAUUUUAUGGGCUAUGCAUUUCAAAUACUUGUGUUUGAACUUGGAUUGUGGACCAUUUACCACAAUUAUUUAAGCUUGUUCAUGUAUUGGCAGUAAUCCCCCCUCAUAAUGAAGACACUGGUCAUAAUGUAAUGGCUUCCUGAGCUUUUAUUAAACAUGGCUAUUUCCAUGUUAAUAGGAAUGGAUGUAGGGAAAUGUUUAGGAUUGACAGGUACAUAUUUGCUGAUUUUUCUUGGGAGUCGACGUUACUAAAGCAGUGUGAAUCCCUGUUUGCUUCAGGGCGAGAUGUGUGACAGAGGUGGCAUCAAGCUCUUACAGUCCCAACCCACCAUCGAAAAUGGGCGAAGAUCACAGGAAUGGCAUCGGUCACAGGAAUUGGAUAGUGGCUGCUGCUAGCGUGGCCACUUUGGGCAUAGGCAAACGAUAGCCUUGGUACUGACCAUAUGGACCACAGCACCUAACCAAUGUUUAAGUCAAUGCAACUUUCCACAUGUAGGCAAAACUACAGCAUCUACAGUCACAGGAUGUCCUACUACAUGACCUGUUUAAUUAUAGACAACUAAAUCAAAUUGUACUAGUUAAUUUUAGCUUUUAUAGACGAUUGACAUUGUGGCGGAGCUCUUAAACAAGUUCCCGUGUAUAUUUAUUUUAAUUUUUUUGUAGCCUUACACACUUUAGUUAUUUAGUCAUUAAAUUUUUGUUUAUUCUCUCAUUCCAAUCCCUUUCACCCUUUGCCCUCUUGAAUUGUUUCCUCUUCGCCCUCAUGAUGUUCUUCUAUCAACCCUGCUUAGGACGAGAACAAACUGAACAGUGCCAAUGGACAUGAAGAGCGCAGCAAGAAGAGAAAGAAAAGUAAAAGUCGGAGUCGCAGCCGUGAAAGAAAGCGUAGCAAGAGCAGGGAGAAGAAACGCAGCAGGGAGCGGGAAAGGAAAAGAAGUAAAAGCAGAGAAAAAAAGCGCAGUCGCAGUAAAGAACGCAAGAGGAGUCGGUCAAGAAGCAAAGAUCGGAGAUUUAGAGGCCGUUAUCGAAGUCCAUAAUGGGUACUGGCUGGAUACUAUUGCCAUGGAUGAAGUGAUUGUAGGACUUAUGAUCCAGAUAUGUUCUGGACCAAAAUUUGGAAGCUCCAUGCGAGGCAAAAUGGGAGUACCGCACAACGUGAAGCUAAGGCGUCGUUCAAAGAGCAAAAGUCCACAAAAGAAAGAGAAAAGCCCUGUAAGAGGUCCAAUUGAUAAUUUAACACCGGAAGAAAGAGAUGCACGCACUGUCUUUUGUAUGCAACUGGCAGCAAGAAUCCGCCCCAGAGACCUCGAAGAAUUUUUCUCUACGGUUGGCAAGGUUCGUGAUGUGAGGAUGAUAUCCGACCGAAAUUCCAGGCGUUCUAAAGGGAUAGCUUAUGUCGAGUUUGUUGAUGUUAGCUCUGUACCUCUAGCAAUUGGUUUAACAGGACAGAGAGUUUUGGGUGUUCCCAUAAUAGUGCAGGCAUCUCAGGCAGAAAAGAACAGAGCUGCUGCAAUGGCUAAUAAUUUACAGAAAGGCACUGCAGGACCGAUGAGGUUAUAUGUUGGAUCUCUGCAUUUUAACAUAACUGAAGACAUGCUGCGAGGAAUAUUUGAACCAUUUGGCAGAAUUGAGAGUAUUCAGCUUAUGAUGGACAGCGAAACUGGCCGCUCAAAGGGAUAUGGCUUUAUUACUUUUUCGGAUUCAGAAUGUGCCAAAAAAGCUCUGGAGCAGUUAAAUGGAUUUGAAUUGGCUGGGCGUCCUAUGAAGGUUGGCCAUGUGACAGAGCGUACUGAUGCUUCAAAUGCCAGUUCAUUUUUGGAUAGUGAUGAGCUCGAGAGAACUGGAAUCGAUCUUGGUACUACUGGUAGACUUCAGCUGAUGGCAAGGCUUGCAGAAGGCACAGGAUUGCAGAUACCCCCAGCUGCCCAGCAAGCUUUGCAGAUGAGUGGCUCUUUGGCUUUUGGUGCUGUUGCAGAUCUUCAGUCAAGAAUUUCACAACAAAGUGAAGCUCUUGCUGCUGCUGCCGCCGCUGCCUCUGCUGCUGCAAUCACGUUGUCAUCCUCCACUUUACCAGUUCCAGCAGCCACUCAACCACUUGCCACUCAAUGCUUCCAGCUGUCAAACAUGUUUAACCCACAAACGGAAGAUGAGCAAGGUUGGGACACAGAAAUAAAAGAUGAUGUAAUUGAAGAAUGCAACAAACACGGAGGAGUUGUUCACAUUUAUGUAGACAAAAAUUCACCACAGGGUAAUGUUUAUGUUAAAUGUCCAACCAUAGCAUCUGCAAUUGCAGCGGUCAAUGCUUUGCAUGGAAGGUGGUUUGCUGGCAAGAUGAUUACUGCUGCGUAUGUCCCUCUUCCAACAUACCACAGCCUCUUCCCAGAUUCCAUGACAUCUACUCAGCUACUGUUUCCUGUUCGUCGAUGAAAAUAAAAAUAAAAAAUUGUACAUAAAAUUCACUUUACUUUUCGAGAGUGUUGUAGGGUUUCUUUUAUUUAGAUGCCAUUGGAGAGGAAUGGGUGUAAUGUAUUUUUGUGUACAAAUCUGAAACCUUAAAAGAUGAAAGCAGCGUAUUGGCCAACCAGCAUUCAACUAGUUAAUUUGCUGUGCUGCCUUACUGUCCAUGAGGAAAUAACUGGGACAGCAAAAAGUAAAGGAGCAAUGGAAGAAAUAAAUGCCUGAACUGUUAUAGUGGUGGAGUUCUGUCGUAGGACCCCUGUUACAGAAGUUGGAAGAAUUUAGUGCUUAACAUGUUUCUCAAAGUUAGCAAAUGAGGGAAAUGCAGAACUGCAGAUUUUAAUUCUUAAAUUACAUUUAUGUAUCUGUGAAAUUUAUUUUGUACAUAGUUCUGGUAUUUCUUCUAUACCAGACAAAAUCUCGGUUGUGUUUCCAGGCAGGAGAUGUAAUGCUUAAAGACAAGAUUUUGUGGCGCAAGGCUGCCAGGGAAUACGUUGACAUUUUGCUUGGUUGCAUAUAAUCUUUUGCUCUUUAAGCUCUGUGAGCUCUGAAAUAAUUUUAUUUUUUGUUAAUUUAGUGUGUUUGACCAGACUGCUUAAUAUUUCUAUCCAACUUUCAUAUUUCAAGUACCUUUGUAAAGAAGCUCUGAAAUAAAAUUCUUUAAAACAA